AUGACCGAUCGUUUCUCUCGCUUCGGCGGGGUGAGCCAGAACGACUCGAACCCAUGCACUGGCAACAACUGGUGCAACGGCACCCUGAAAGGCAUCACCAGCCAGCUGGAAUACAUCAGGGAUAUGGGUUUUGACUGUAUCUGGGUCACGCCGGUGGUCUUGAACUUCUAUGGUCCGGACGGGCCCAGUGGAUAUGGCUACCAUGGCUAUUGGGCUCAGGACUACUACCAGAUAGACCCCAACUUCGGAACGAAGGAAGACCUUAAAGAGCUUGUAGAGCAGACCCAUAACAUGGGGAUGUGCUUCAUCCUUGACAUCGUCUUGAAUCACUGCCGCCCCGUUCACAGUGAGCAAGACUUGAGUGAAGUCAACCCCUUCAACGAGACAGAAUACAUUCAUCAGCUGAACAUUAGCAACCUCACCUUCGAUCAGUACACUGAGAAGAUGUCGGGGUGGCCUCCACCAGCACAGGCCUUGGGACCAGGAGCAUCAUGCGAACUGCAGUUCUUCUCCAACGGCACACCCGACGGCACGAACAAUGGCACCUACUGCAAUAACUAUCCAGGGAGUGUUUACAAUGCUCAGACCUACUUUGGAGACAGGGCCCAUGGCCCUCCAGACUUGAAGUACUGCGGAGCAGGGAACUACAUCUGUCGCGGCUACAAUGAGACUGUGAACAUCAUCGGCUGGUUCUACGAUCUCGCAGAUUUGAACCAGUCGGUUCCUUUUGUACGGCAGGGCUUGAAGGAUUGGGUGCUGUAUAUGGUCACAGAGUAUGCAAUAGAUGGCAUUCGUCUGGACACGACGCCUUACAUGACGCACGAGUUCUUGCAAGAGGUUCAGGAGAUGCUCCAUGCGCUCGAUAAUCCGAUCCACAUUCUCGGAGAGGUGACGUCCACAAACCUCAGCUUUCAUGCUUCCUACCAGGUACAAGACGGAAAGGAUGUCUUGGCUGGCCUUGAGAACUUUCCCUUGACCUACAUGGCGAUGCCGGGAUAUUGUGGUUGGCCAAAUGGGCCCAAAUCUCCAGUGGCUCAGUUCGAUCUCACCUACCUGGCCAUUGAAAUGACUCUUCAGCAGAAGUCGGGGCUCUACAAAGACCUGAACUUGCUCAUGAACAUGAUGGACAACCAAGAUGAGACACCUAUUUGGGGUCAAUAUCACAUGCCCGGCGCUGGCGAGGUCGCCGAGAUGGAAGAGUUCGCGCUCUUCGGCGCAGGGGGAUGUCUUGGGUACCCGGUGCUGGUCCGGAACGCCUGGGCCUGGCUCUUGUUCGCCAAGGGCAUGCCGGUCGUCACGUGGGGAGACGAGCAAGGCAAUUCUGCGUACAGGAACAGCCUUUGGCAGUUCGACUGGGACAAGACCUCCUGGCAGUAUCAAUUGCUGAACAAGAUGAAUGCAAUUCGACGGUCCCGCAAUGUGGCAAAGGCCAGCCAGCAAGUCCACCUACAGUACAAGUCGAGAUUGGUGUUCUCGCGUGGCUGCGGCCUGGAUCAGGUAUUUGUGCUGACGAACAACCUUGUUCUGGCAGAAGGGCAAAAGGUUGGCUAUUGGUUCCGACUACCUCGUCCUCCCCGAGGUAUGAUGUGGAGGGAUGCAUUGCGUGACCAGUACUUUUAUCGCGCAUGGUGGCGGGUCAUGGCAUGGACGACGGAGCCGUUGGUCCUGGUUCUGGUGCCACUCGGUCCACUUGGUGCGACACAGGCAUCUGUGGAGACACAGUGA